CGCCAAACGAACUGGUUAAAAAUAAUGGAAUAUGUUUUGCAAUCAGUCUCAGCUGAUACAGCAUGUGGGCAUCGGUCCUUCUCUACUCCUUAGUGGGACUAACCGCAGCGGACAAUGGCUGGAAAGUGGGUCUUCAAUACAAGUAUAAUCUUGAAGCGAGGACUCUCACAGGCCAGCACCAAGCUCCGAACCAAUUCACAGGAUCUAUAAUACGAGGAAAACUGCGGGUCUUCGUUGAUUCGGCAAACCAAAUCACCCUUCAGGUCCAAGAUGCCGAACACGCUGACGUUAAUCAGAUGUUACCUGAGGGCUGGGGUUCUAACAUUCCAGAAUCAGAUGUCAACUAUAUAAGUCUCCCAGCUAAAAAUAAACCGUUUCAACUAUACCUCAGCAAUGGAACGGUCCAAAAGAUGGUCGUCGACAAGGAUAUACCAAACUGGGAACAAAACUUACUUAAAGGAAUCGCUAGCCAACUUCAAGUUGAUAUUAAAGGAAAAAAUCUUAAGUAUUCCAAACUCAACAAUGUUCCUGAAGACAAUCAAGACUCCGCAAUUUUUUCAACAAUGGAAGAAUGCAUAAAUGGAAAAUAUGAAACAAUUUAUGACGUAUCAGUAAUACCUGAAUAUAUUUUACAAAGCAAGCCAGAACUGGUACCUUUAGAACAUCUUAAAGGAGAAGGAGGGCAUUAUAGAAUUGUAAAGACAAGAAACUUUUCCAACAGCGACCAACAUGUUGUCUAUCGUUUUGGAAUGAGUGGACAAGAAGGUUGGAGUGAAGGGACCAAUACUAUGGGAAAUUUUCUUACUAGAUCAUCACAGAGUACAAUAAUAUAUUCGGGUAACCACAGCCGAUUCACAAUCCAGUCAGCAGAAACUACUGAAAUCGUCUUGGUGGCCCCACACAUUUACAAUAAUCAAAAGGGCAUUGUUGUCAGUUCGAUAAAACUCUCUCUAGAAAAAGUCAAAACAUCGAAUAGUUCUUCUCCAUUAAUCAGCAAUCCGAAAACAGUAGAAAGUUUGGUUUACGAAUACCAACAUGGAACCAACCAGGACGAUGUUGAAGUGAAGGAAUCGUCUUCUAAGGAAUCAUCCUCUUCCAUGUCCUCCGAGGAAUCUUCAAACAGCAAUUCGAAGAGUGAAGAAGAACAAGUUGAAGUGUUUAUAAAAAAAGGAAACAAGAGAAAAAUCAGAUCCACGGAGAAUAUGCAAAGUGUCAUGAAGGAAGACUCAGACCGCUCUUCACACAGUUCUUCUACCUCAAGCGAUUCAUCGAUAGGAUCCAGCGAAGAAACCGUAGACCCACAACCAGAUUUAAAUGAAGCUCCAAAUAUUGAAUUCCUUCCUGACAACACGCUGAGCCCCCAAAAGCAUGAGAAGGAACAGAUAUUGAAGAAAAUUGAAAAAGUCUCCAAGCAGAUCGGGAAUUUGCUCGAUGACCCCAACGAGAUACCCAACAAUAAUGUCUUGAGCCGGUUUUCUAUCUUGACGCGAUUAGUGAUGUCUGCAAGUACAGAACAACUCUUGAAAGCCAGUGAAAAACUUUAUCAACCAGAGAGAAAAACAGAAGGAGGCCAACAUUGUGGAUCAUGGAAAGCUUAUCGAGAUGCAGUGGCUCAGGCAGGGACUGGACCAGCUCUCGUCACAUUGGCUGCCUGGAUUGAAUCUGGAAAAGUCCAAGGAAAUGAAGCGGCUCAACUCCUCGCUGUUUUACCUACAGCAGCCCGCUACCCUACCACCGAAUAUAUGAAUAAAUUUUUCGAACUGGUAAAAUGUAAGACAGUACGUAACCAGAAAUUCCUUAACGAUACCGCAAUCCUAUCAUUUUCUGAUCUCGUCAGAAGAGCCCAAGUAAACCGCCAGAGUUCUCACCAUCGCUAUCCCAUCCAUCUUUCAGGAGCCCAAUCCCAUAACCACCGAGCUGUAGUUGUAGAACAGUACAUACCCUAUUUACAGAGCCAACUAGAAAAAGCCAUCAAGGAAGAAGAUUCCACUAAAAUUCAAGUAUACACCCGUGCCUUAGGUAAAACAGCACAUCCCAAGAUAUUACGUAUAUUUGAACCUUACUUAGAAGGGAAGCGCGCGAUUUCGAAAUUCCAACGCCUUUUAAUGGUAGUCAGUCUAUGCGAUUUUGUAAAAGUGCAUCCGAAAACAGCCAGAUCGGUUCUCUACAGUAUAUAUAAAAACCAAUUCGAUGUUCCCGAACUGAGGAUUGCAGCGGUGAUGCUUAUUAUGAAAACUAAUCCAUCCGCGCAUCUUCUUCAGCGCUUGGCCGAACAUACGAAUUACGAUCAAAGUAAGCAAGUGAAUGCCGCUGUCAAAUCUGCUAUUGAGACUGCUGCGAACAGCGAUUACAUCGCCGACCCAACCUUAGUCAACAACGCACGAUCAGCGAUGAGUUUCCUCACGCCGGAAGAUUACGGAGCUCGAUAUUCGAAGCACUUAAUUUAUUCGCACCCCAUCAAAGAAGUAGAAAAUGUUCAUUAUACAGCAUACGGUAGUUCUAUCCAAGGCACCGAUGGAAUAUAUCCAGAUACUAUCCUUUUUAACCAAAAUUAUAACAUCGGUGGAUAUUUUCCGGAACAAUUUACGGCUUCUUAUAUGACAUCUGGUGCCGAGCAAAUCCUCAAUCUUUUAUUAAAACGGUUGGAACUGGAAAACGAUCCUCAAGUCCAACAGAGAGAUGAUGCCAAAGCUAAUGAUACAAACAGCACUGGAUAUACUUUCCAAUACAUCAGCGACAUGUUAAACUGGCGGAGUAAUGAACCGAAGCAAGUUGAAGGAAACGUCUUCGGGACAGUGUUGGGAGGGGAGAGAUUCUUCCCCUUUGACAGGAACACGGUCGAACAACUACCUGAGACUUUCAGAGAAAUCAACCGAAACAUUCAAAAGGGAAUCGAUUACCAAGAAUCUAAAUUCUACAACCAUUAUUCAGUAGAGAUGGGAUUCCCACUCGCCACCGGGUUGCAGUUUACUUAUUCCAUCAGCGUUCCCACAUAUUUACAUCUAUCCUUUGAUGGUAACGGGUACCUUCAUCAAACACAAGAAUAUACGACAAACAAUAAUGCACCAAUCAGUGGAGGAAUAAAUGGAAAACUGAAAUUCGUGUGGUCUAAUCAAAAGCAAGGAAAGAUGGGUUUUACGGCCCAAUAUAGUCAAAAGAGGUAUCUCACUGUUCUUGAAAAAAAUACUCAGCUUUAUCUUCCUAUUAAUGGAAAUCUAGAUGUGAAUUGGUAUAAUAUACGGUCUUCUCUUAAAUUACUGGAUGACCAAAAAGAUUUUCAAAAAAUAUUUCAAUCAAUGACCAAUGUCUACACGACUUAUCAAAAUAUAAGUGACGUUAUACCUUAUCUGGAAGGGAGCAACGUACAGAUGAUCAAUAUCAGACCCAAAAGAAUCUUCCAAAACACAUUCGGAGAAGAACAAACCGGAUAUAGGUUCCGAAUCGAAACUGAAAGUGAAAACAAUUUCCAGGACACAGGCAAAGCAUUCUAUGCUUUCCUUCAGCACGGUCCUGAUAUCUUUUCAAACAUUCUUUAUGAUGACAUUUCUAAUAACUAUCUUGUUUUCAGUUAUGAUUCUAAAAACAGCUCACCCCAUGAAACCACACUAUCCUUCACUUACAGAGACCACGGGCCUGAAAUCAGUAAAAUGGUCAGCGAAAUCAGGAAGAAGAAAUCUAAAAGCCGCAAAGAUGCAUCGAAAAGAAACGAUAUAGAGGACCGAGCUUCUUCAGAAGAGACUUCGACUGCAGAGGACUGCGGUAACUACACGACACAAAUGUCUUUAUUCGCUGCGUCGGUGUCUUUCGGAGGAAACGAAGAAAAUGCGAAGUACGUGGCUACACUGGUCCAUGCUGACAGCCCGGUAUCCACCUCGUCAAGAUAUCUUCUCUAUUACAGCGGAGAGCCGUUUCAGAAAUCAGAAGAAAAUAACGAAUUUCAGGCCACAGCGGAGAUCAUCAUCAAAAAACCUCAACUGGCUAUUUUUAAUUUUGAUAACGCUCUUAAUGACGAUAAGACUACGGUCAUCGAAGGUGAAAUCAGUUUCAACGAACAAGAUCAAUCUAAAUUAAAAUUCAGGGGAGAAAUGCUGCAAUCCGACAAAAGAAAAGAAUUUCUACGCAACCAGCCAUCUACUCGACUGUGUAAACAGCUGAUGACGAUGGGAAAUCAUAUGAACCCGACAUGUACUCGUUUAAUAGAAAAUGCGCACUACCUAGACACGUAUAAUGUUUCAAUAAACUAUGAUUGCUUACCUACAGUCAUUAAAAAAAUUGGACAGGCGUUCUAUGGAAUGGUCCGACAUUAUGGAUCCGAUCACAACGAUGAGGAAGUCAUCGAUGUACUGAAUACAGAGGGCCAGAUAAAUCUAGGCGUUCAAUUCAACGACAAUUUGAGAACCGUGAACGUUUCGAUAGGAACUCCUUAUUUGCAAUCCAACUUCCAAAACGUUGGCGUUGAAGACUGGGCCCAGCCUCUGGUUGUUCAACAUACGAGGUAUAGCCCUCUUCAACUUUUCGCUCGAAAAAUCAUUUAUUCUGAACAAACACCAACAUGUUCACUUGCAGCCAAUACCGUAUCUACUUUCAAUAACAGAUCUUAUCCUGUCAAUUUGGGAGAUUGCUUUCACGUGUUAGCGAUGUCUGUUCCAUUCAGACGAAUCAGGGACCAGGAAACUUCUCAGCAAUAUGAUUACGAUCAAAGGAACUUUUCGAUACUCGUUAAAGAUGUUGGAACAAAAAAAAAGAUGGUGCAAAUCCUAUUGGCGGACGAUGUUUUGACUCUGGAACCUGCAGGAUCCAAAGGAGUGACUUUCAGUGUCAACGGUAGAAGAAUUCAAAUUUUAGAGAACAAAAUAACCGGCUGGUUAAAAGGGAAAAACGAAUUGCAUGCACACACCCUUCGAACUGGCAACGCUCUCGUCCUGGACAUAAAGAGCCAUGGGAUGCAGCUCAUCUACGAUGGCAGAAGCCUGCAACUUACCAUGUCCAGCCACUAUUCAAACAAAGUCCGGGGCCUUUGCGGAGUGUUCGACGGGGAGCGAGACAACGAUUUCAUAACUCCGGGGAACUGCAUUAUGAAGAACCAUCGAGAUUUCGCAGCAUCUUACGCCAUUAACGACGACUCUUGCCGAGGGUCAGCCAAGGAGAUGCACAUACUCGCGAGGAAUGUCCCGUGCUAUUCCAAAGAGGUCAUACCCAAUGAUGUGAUAUCGGAAACGGAAGCUGGCCGCCGGAACCGAAGUGAGCGCCUCACAAGUCUACCUAGAAAAAAAAGGGUUCAGACCAGCUGUUAUAUCAUUUUAGUCAAGACCAUACAAGAUGGUGGAGACACCUGUUUUUCAAUCGACCAACAACGGUUGUGCAAUUUCCACUGCAAAGAGACGAAAACCGCCUUGAAACCGGUCGAUUUCCUCUGCCUCCCAGAUUCGGUGGCUACGAAGCAUUGGCAGAGUAUGAUAAAUAGCGGUAUCAAUCCGGACUUCUCUAAUCAAAAGGCAAAUCGUCACAUGAAUAUCACUCUUCCGGUUAAUUGCGAAAUCAAAUAAUGUCCGAAAUAAUCUGAUAACGGAAGAUAGACAUAACAUUAUUUCUAGGCAAUAAUAAAUUGUAAUGAAUUUUCCUGAGACUGUGUUGAAUUAUAUCAAUUUGCUUGUUUUAAUUAAACACAAAAAAAAUUU